CCUUCUUCCUCCUCACCAUCUCCCCCCCCCCCCCCCAAAAAAAAAAUUCCUUCGCUUUCUCAUCCUUCAUUCUUCCCCCAAAAGUGAAAAUUACCUACAUUCUCAAUUCCCAGAAGAAACUCGAAAGAACUAUGUCGUUUAACCAGCUGGAGGAGGAGGACGAUGAGGCCGCCUUGGAGCAGACCCUUUUGGUGGUCCGGGAGGUGGCCGUCUACAAAAUUCCGCCCCUGACCACCUCCGGCGGUUAUAAGUGCGGCGAUUGGCUCCAGUCCGACAAGAUCUGGUCGGGUCGCCUUCGGGUCGUUUCCUGCAAGGCCCGCUGCGAGAUCCGGCUCGAGGACCCGGCAUCGGGGGACCUCUUCGCCGCCUGCUUCGUCUUACCCGACCAGCCCCGCGAGAGCUCCGUCGAGACCGUCCUUGACUCGUCACGCUACUUCGUCCUCAAGAUCGAGGACGGCCAGGGCAAGCACGCCUUCGUGGGGCUCGGCUUCGCGGAGCGCAACGAGGCUUUCGAUUUCAACGUGGCGCUCUCCGACCACGACAAGUACGUCCGGAGAGAGCACGAGAAGAACGAGAGUGGGGAGGCCACUGACGAUACCCACAUCGAUAUCCAUCCCGCUGUUAAUCAUAGAUUGAAGGAAGGAGAAACAAUCCGGAUAAAUGUGAAGCCCAAACAAACUAGUGGAACUGGUAUGCUUUCAGCGGCUGGUCUGACAGUGGGGGUUUCUGGAACUGGAAAGCCUAAAGCUUUGGGCCUUGCCCCACCACCCACUGGGGUGGGAAAAAUUAGGUCUCCACUCCCUCCUCCUCCCAAUGAUCCUGCUGCUGCUCGGAUGACCUCUGCCAGUCACCACAGGGUCGAUCUCAAGGAAUCUAAGGAAAAUGUGAGGCAUUCUAAUGAUCCUUUGUCAGACCUUUCUCCACUUGAGAGACAUUGUUAUAAACUUCGUUGCUGGUCCAAAACUUGAGGUGCUGAUCUCAUCUGAGAAAUCUUCCCUCAGCAACUGGAUCAGGGUCGACGAAGACGGCGGCAUCGGGAUGGGCAGCUUUUUGAUUGUGUGAGCAUUUAUUAAUUGUGAUUGAGAUCCUUGUUUGAUGUCUUUUGAAAAAAAAAAGUAACAAAAGAAAAUGAGAAUGAAAUUAGAAAGUAAAUAUCUUUGGAAAAUAAUGUCCCCUGGAAUAUACCUAUGUAUGCUUCUUCUGUCCCACUUGAACGUAUAAGAUCAUAGUUAUAUAACAAAGGCUUAUUUUUCUUUU